UGUCACUUGCCAAUGCAUGGAGUAAUGUGUUUCAAUAAACCUUGUUUGCAAUUAUAUUAGAAAAAGCUAAUGUAUUUUCUGUUAAAACUAGCUAGCAACAAUGUUGUUGCAGACAUUAAUUGAAUCGUUCACCUCUGGCUUACAAGGUAAAAUUAGUUUUAUAAUAGAUAUUCUGUUUUCUCUUGUCAAUAGCUAUUGAUCCAAGCAUGCCGUGCCUAUGAAAAUGGUAUAUUCUGAAUCAGCAUGGGUGGAUAGAAAAAAAAGGUGUGGGUUUUUCUCGAUAUAUAUGAUUUGAAAAAUACAGUAUAUCAUUAUCAUAGUCAUGGCACACUGUGUAAGAGCUAUUGAAGAUUGAAAUACGAAUCGCCACCGAAUAUCCCGUAAAAACUAAUUUGACCUCGGUCUGGUUUACCACGUGAUUUGAAAAACAAAGAAUGACCCCGCGAAGCUAGGCAGUGCUUGUUCCUAGAAGCAAAAGUGGCUAUUUUAGAAACAAUUUCCAUGCAAUGGAUCAAACUAAACAGCAAGAAGAGGACUAUGGAUAUAACCUAUUCCCGGAGAGGAAUUCGGGAAAGUUCCAAAAGGGAUCGAUAGCAGAAAGCUUGUUCACUUUCAAUCACAAAUGUCAGGUCAUGCUACAAUUCGCAAUGGAAACAAGUCCAUAUGCAAAGCUUCUCCUUGGAGCCAUGAAAAGUUCAGGAUGUGCAGUGUACAAAGACAGACAUUUCUCCUGUGAAGACUGUGAUGGGACUGUCAGUGGUGGUUUCGAUGCAACGUCAUCACAAAUUGUUUUGUGUCAGAAUAAUAUUCACCAGCAGUCCCACAUGAACCGAGUGGUUACACAUGAGCUCAUCCAUGCCUUUGACCACUGCCGGGCGCAUGUGGAUUGGUUUAACAACUUCAAGCACUUGGCCUGCUCAGAGAUUCGAGCAGCCAAUCUCAGUGGAGAUUGCUCCUUCCACAAUGAAGUAUCCAGGUUCAACUUUGGCCUCAAGAAGCACCAUCAGGAAUGUGUUCGGGGACGUGCCUUGCGCUCCAUCCUUGCUGUUAGGAAGGUGAGCCGAGAGGAGGCAGAGAAAGUGGUGGAUGAGGUAUUCGAUACCUGCUUCAAUGACCACGCCCCCUUUGGCCGCAUCCCACAUGACAAGAAGGAUGCCAAUUUUGCCUACAGAGAUUUUGAGAACCGAGAUCGGUAUUACGCAAACCUUUAAUGUGUUGUUACAUGCACAAAUUAAUUGUAAUUUAAUUUCCAUGGGUGCUAUUGUGAGGAUCUUUGCAGAAAGCUGGGCAACCUACCACUGCCCUCAGCCGAAUGACUAUGUCAAAAAUGGUAUGAAAUUACCUCCUGAAGGGAAAUAUUCAGAGUUCUUUCUCUCUGUCAUUUAAAUAAAUCAAAGGAUAUAAUAAAUUAUAUGUUUUUAUGGCACACUUUUGUGGACUCUAAUGCUAUAACUAAAGAAUGUGAUGGAGUGGUUUCCUUUUGAACAUUGAUGUGACCCAAAUAUUUUUUUUGUCAUCCUUUUAGAGAGGUUCCAAAGUUUGGUGUUUAUGAAGGGUAUAUUAUGCCUCUAAAACUUAUUUCAAGACUGAAAGGUGGGGACAAAUUUCCAAGGGGAAAUGUGACUGAACAUGUGACUGAACUGGGAGUUCACUGUAAAUAGAUUUUAUUGUACUGUACUGAAUAAGUCAACCUGUUGAAAUAAAUAUGUGAUUAUUAUGAAUAA